CGAGUAGAAGCAAAGGUCUGGCUUGCCAACGAGCGAACAUGGAUCUCGUGGCUCCACGUCUCGCUCCUCAUUGGAUCCUUUUCCCUCGCACUCUUCAACUCCACGAUCAAGACCUUCGGCAUCAUCUACGCAGGCAUCGCCAUCCUCACCCUCGCCUGGGGGCUGGGCAACUACCUCCGCCGACUUCACCUCAUCAAGACAAAGUAUGCUGGCAGCUUCGACGAUCUGGUUGGCCCACCUUUGAUCUGUGCAGCACUCUUCAUCGCCGUCCUCCUCAACUUCAUUGUCCGA